AUGAGCGUGCGAGAGUCGGAAGUCUUAACAGCACUGUGCAAGGCAGCUCCGGUAGUACAAACGACAAAGGAUGCUGAAAGUCUGUUGCAACAACUGGUGCCGUACGUGUCGGAGGCACAUCAACAAGUGUUCGCUGUCACUCCACUACACCAACCCCUUCCACCAUGGGAAACACUGAGCUACGACCUCACAACGGCCGUGCUGGCUUUGGGGUUGAACCACCCGUCGCUUCGGGAAGAGUCAUGGACGUGCAUCAGGAGAACCGUAGACGAAUUGGCCUCCAGCGCAGACAAUACAGAAUGGCCCAAAUCCUCAGAGGAAGGUACAGUUGAACUCGAACUGAACAAGCAAACGUUUCGCGUCAUACAGCUUCAUGUAUCCCUGGUCGGAUUCUUCCACGCCGUGGCAAAGUAUGUGCGAGUAUGGUCGCCUGAGCAGCGAACGACGCUGGUCCCACAAUUGAGGCGCAUCCUUUCGGAAAAGUUCAUGGUUUCACUGGAGGGAGGCCUGUCCGCAAUCAGGAACACAAGCAAUUCUUCCCGCCUUGUCAAAGACUGGAAGCGUUGGAUCCGACACUAUACUGCGAAGGGUAAGCCGCUGGGCGCCAUGCUUCUGCAGCAGGCGUUUAUGAACGUCGUGGAGGAGAGCGUAUUGGCGUUGAUUCCACUGCCCGAGCCGGUACCGGGGACGGCCCUCCUCGACAUGCUGCUCACCCAGAGCACGAUAAGCAAAGGCCAGGCGCAGUCGGACGGCUUCGUUGGCAGUCUCAGCGACGUCAUCAGUGAUGAGAUGGAAUUGCUCGAAGCUGAUGCCGACUACUUGAAGCUCGGCUCUGAGUGGCAGCAACGACUAGCACGCGAGGUGAAGUGCAGCGUACUACGAAGCUUCCUUUGCUGCUGUAUAUUGGAAGGCGAGACACCACACACAGAUGUGCUUUUAGCAUGGCUUGAGUCGAUCACCGUGGAUCCGAUGCAGAUGGUGGAUGACGAGCUGGCGAAGACCGUCUUGAAGGGCAUGGCCAUUCUCGCUGGGAUCUCAAGCACUGUAGCCUUCGCUCUGGCCAGGUCUCUGCCUCGACUCAUCGUUCGCGGGAAGAUGUCGCCGACCACCGCUACCGUGGCCUGCGAAUGCCUCGCACGAGUCUUGAAGCUUGUACCGCAAGAGCUGGCCAUCAGUACCGUGUACAGCUUGGGUAACAUCCUCAGCUCUGGCUCGCAGAAUGGAGAGACGUACAGAUCGGCGCUAUUCGACAGCACGCUCAGCAUAGGAAACGAGUCCCAGGGUUUACAAUUUUCGACGCAGCAGAACAUCGGAAGCUCAAUCUCUCUGGUCAUUAGCGACGAGGAAGAAGCCUCUGCCGUGUACUCUACGGUCGUUCAAGCCGUUGUGGCGGUCGCCGUGGCUCGCAGCGAGGUCCAACUGACAGCGCUGGUCAUAUCCAUGCUUGUGCAGAAAAUUGGUAGAAUCAAUGAAGCAGUGGAUGCGCGGAUUAUUGUCGAAACUUCAGCCUUGGGGCUUUGCGGAGGGCCCAAUGAACUCAAGGGUCUGCUGCGUUUCUACGCCCGUGUUGGUAGCGAAGCGCUCGUCCAAAACAGUACGUCCAUCUCGGCGGCUGUGACGGAAGGUCGAUUGCGGCUUUCGACUUGGAUCAAGAAGGACUCGCCCUUCUUCGAGCCGUACCUUGCUCAUCUGCUGGGUAUGUGUGUGAGUAGCGGAGACACUGCCGGUGAGCGGACCAUCGAUGUGGCGCUUGCUUCGAAGACAAUAGCGCAAUUGUUCCGUCCCAUGGCCAUCCUCGCCUCCCACGACAUCAGCCGUAAGCCUCAUCUGGAGGACGAAGACGAGAUCCUGGCACUCGGUCGGGACGCUUGGUUCAACAUCGCCGUUCAUGGAUUUACGCUGAACGCCCCGUCGACGAAGGAACAUCUCGAGGAUCUCCAGACUCUAGCGCUGUACAGCUUACCUCUGGUGGAUGAAGCUCGUGUCGACAUGCCUGACAGCAGCAUUGAUCUCAACCCGGUCUUGCGACGAGGAGCUCAUUCCCAUCAGCACGAUCAUCAAAAACAAUCUCUCAUCCGCGCAUUGCCAUCGUGCGAGCAUGACAUCAAGAGUCUGAGCUAUUCCGAGUCUGUCUUUCUGAACGCAGCGCUGCUUGUCUCGACCUUGCGAGCGCAAGGCGGAGACUGUACGGCUGUGUUGCCUUACUUCCUCGAGAACAAGGUCAAGACCACUGCGUUGGGCAAGUGCAUGCUGGCAGUAGCCAGCCACAGCGUAGAUGUCUAUCUGAGGGUGGCACUGUCAGGACAACGUCAAGAGUUCGCGGCGCCACAGAUUGCGACUCAGCUUGCAGCCUUUUUCGAAGGAUGCUGCCAUCGCAUUUCGAAAGUUCAGCAGGCUGCCAUUGCUUCGUGCAAUCGAAUCAUCAGCGUGGUCCCGUCCGCCCUUUGCCAGAAGGCCUCGCUGUUUGCCCUGCUGGAACUUCUUUCGCUGAUGUGGAAGAGCUGCCUCGACACAGAGACGGAUGAAUACGGCUGGCGAUCGCAGUACAGCUCUGUAAAGGGCAAUGUCUCGAUCCAGCUUUCGGAUGAUGUUCAACACCGCCAGUCAACACUUGCAUCGUUGCAUCAAAAUGCUCGUGUUUGGGUCCACAAAGCCAUUGAUGUGGCUCCUCUUGACGUCAAAGGUCAUCUUCAAGCAUACCUGGAAGAUUACGAAGAUGACGGCUCGUAUGGUCAUAUUGCGCUCGGGCGAUCGUUUGCUGUGGAAAUGGGAUCGGUCGUGCCCAGCACUGAUCAACGAUUGACCAGUCUUGAUGCGCAGCGCAAUCUCAAUGUCACGACUGCAUCCGAUUUCGUGGCUCAGUAUACCACACGCCAAGAAUAUCGGCAUCUGGACGCGAGACUGGAGACCGACGAAGAAUGGGCACUCAUCGACUACAGCGGCAAGGCUCUUCCUGCGCUGAUGAGCGACGACGAUCCCGUGCAUCGAGAAGCCGCAGAGCUGAAGACCUUGUCCCGACAACUGCGAGGCCGUGUGCCCAUCCCGUUCACCAAAGUCCGCGAAACACUUCGCGAUGCCGCUGGGAUGCUCAGCAGAAGCGCCUCCAACCAUGUGGUACUCAUACAAGAUCUGGUCGGCAUACCUUUCAUCAUCUUCACCAAGCAUAGCAUCAAUCUCGGCAUCUCGCUCUGGCUGGGCAUCAUCAAAGAGAACCCAAGUCUCGAAUCGAGAGUCCUGGUCGAAGUCGCCGCUGGCUGGGAGGCUUCCGUGCGAUCGAAACGAGGUUUCUUCUCGACCUCUCUGCAGCAUCUGGACCCCUUCUAUGUUAAGGAAGAAUUCGCACCUUCCAACUGGGACGCCAUCAAGCGACGCGAGCAGGCCACGCAUAAUCUCAUCAGCCCGCACUUACGGCUGACGCACUUCUUGUCAAGCCACUUUAGUGCGUCGAGAUUGACGUCUCCCUCUGUCGAGCGGAUCUACAACCGUCUCAUGCGCAUCACAUUACUGUCGAUGAAGCAUGCCGUCUCGCAACCUCUUGCACGAGAAGUGCACUUUCACGUCGUCCUACUGGCCCUCAAAGUGCUCAAGUACUCCACUCAUAUCAGCUCCCCCUCGCAGUGGAGACUAAAGGAUGCGAUCCUAUCCGGAGGACUAUCUUGGUUCGCCACUGCGCCCAAGUACUCGUAUGGCAGCAAUCGAUUGCAGAUGAGAGCGGAGAAGAAGCUUCUGAUGGAUGUGUCUGCUACCAUUGACGAUCUGGGUGGCGUCGGAGAGAAGGCCACAAAGGCCCUGCCUUCACUUCGGCAAAAGGCAGCACUUCUCUCACAACUCCUCACUCAUGAGAUCGGCCGUCUGACCGUGUGGAUCGCACCACUGGCUCAGGAGCCCAAAAGUAUUGCGCCGGGCCACAACGAACUCAACAGCCAAGAGACGACCAUCUCUGCUCUUCUGCAAACUGCAUGGGACGAAGACCCAAGGAUCGCUGUUCAGCUCACCAAGCGCUAUUCGACUACAAAUAAGCUUGCCCAGGAUGUUCGACGAUUCCUUGUCAAGGAACCACAGAAAGCGAUCCACGAGCCCGACGCCUUGUACAUCCUCCUUGGACCUUCUCUGCCCUCUGACUUGCAACCUCAGUUGAGGUAUCUGCUUUACUGGGCUCCGAUCAACCCAAUGGCAGCGGUGACCUACUUUCUCCCAGCCUAUGGGAACCAUCCUUUCGUCAUUCAGUACGCCGUACGUGCCGUCGAGAGCCACCACGUGGAUGUGAACUUCUUCUACGUCCCGCAAAUCGUACAGACAUUACGCUACGAUGCGCUCGGAUAUGUGGAGAGGUACAUCAUCGAGACAGCGACAUUCUCGCAGCUCUUCGCCCAUCAGAUCAUCUGGAACAUCAAAGCAAACGCCUACAAAGACGAGGAGUCUCAGAUCCCGGACCCUGCCAAACCGGUGCUGGACCGUGUCAUGGAUUCGCUUAUCGACAGCUUUUCAUCGGAAGACAAGCACUUUUACGAGCGCGAAUUCGACUUCUUCGGCAAGGUGACGGGUAUAUCCGGCACACUGAAACCUUUCAUCAAGCGACCGAAACCAGAGAAGAAGCAGAAGAUCGAGGAAGAACUUCGCAAGAUUCAGGUCGACGUGGGCGUGUAUCUUCCUUCCAAUCCCGACGGCGUAGUCAUAGGCAUCGACCGCAAGUCCGGCAAACCACUGCAAAGUCAUGCCAAAGCUCCAUACAUGGCGACAUUCCGAAUUCGGAAAGAGGAGGGUGAAGCGGACACGAAUCCGACGCCCAGCUCGCAGAAUGGCAUCGUCGCCAAACGCCGCACCUACGAGGUCUGGCAGUCGGCCAUCUUCAAAGUCGGCGACGAUUGCCGCCAAGAUGUGCUCGCACUGCAGCUUAUUGCCGCGUUUCGCGGGAUCUUCAACAAUGUCGGCCUCGAUGUGUACGUCUUCCCAUAUCGCGUGACCGCCACGGCGCCCGGAUGCGGCGUCAUUGACGUGCUGCCCAAUUCCAUCUCCCGAGAUAUGCUCGGGCGCGAAGCCGUCAACGGGUUAUACGAGUACUUUGUCUCAAAGUACGGCUACGAGGACUCGAUCCGGUUUCAGGAAGCUCGAGGAAACUUUAUCAAAUCCAUGGCCGCUUACUCCAUCAUUUCCUACCUCCUACAGUUCAAAGAUCGCCACAACGGCAACAUCAUGGUUGACGACGCCGGCCACAUCUUGCACAUUGAUUUCGGAUUCUGUUUCGACAUUGCCCCAGGCGGUGUGAAAUUCGAGCGGGCGCCUUUCAAACUCACGCCUGAAAUGGUGGCUGUCAUGGGCGGUUCGAGUUCCGCUCCGGCGUUUAAGGUCUUCGAGGAAUUGUGUAUCAAGGCGUUCCUGGCGGCACGGCAACAUGUCGAGCAGCUGUCGCAUAUCGUGAGCACGAUGCUGGACUCGGGCCUGCCGUGCUUCAAGCCGGCCACUAUUCAGCACUUCCGGGAGAGGUUCGUGUUGGAGAAGAGUGAUCGCGAAGCCGCCGAGUUCGUGAGAAAGUUGGUGCAUUGGAGCGAGAGGAGUUAUAGCACCGCGGUGUACGACUACUUCCAGUUGUUGACGAAUGGAAUUCCUUACUAG